UUACAGAGUUCACCAAUAAUGUACAAGUACUGAAAAACAAAAUUACAUGGCAAUACCCAAUUAUCUAGAAUGAAUAGGCGUAGAUCCAAACCUUCUAGAAGACGACGUAAGGGUAUUUGUGUGAAUUGUUCUCUCUCUGUUAUAUAUCCUCACAACCACACCAUCAGUCGUCGUCGUUCUCAUCCGUCACCCCCGGCGAUGAGGUUGAACUCAUGCAAGGCUGAAGAGAACAGAAGCGAAUCCACAAUGCCGGUGACCUGUGGAAUACAGGUACUAGGCAACAGUGAAAUAUAUAUGUAUGGUGUAACAAUGGUCCACAAUCGAGUACAUGUCUAUUGUUGAUGAUAAUCAAACAAUUUACUAUGUGAAUGAAUGCCUUUACCCCAACACGAAGGUGUGUAUGUGAAUUUCCUUCAUCUUUCCUAGUUCUUUCCUUAGAUCUUUUGAGUAAGCUUGAAGGUAACUUCUCUACAUUUCAUUAAUUUUUAGUAACAUUGUUGACCAAUAUUAAUACAAUCUCCUACACACAACAUCAAAAUAUAGUUGAAUCAUAUAGUUGUUGUGUUGAAGGAGAUCACGCGAUUUUGGUCUGCAGUUACAUCGACAACAACAGUAGCCUUGCACAUACCCUUCUAGGUAAAUGCAUUAUCAUUUUUUUGGUAAAGUUUUCUCGGAGACAAUGGACAUGUAUUUAUCAGAACUUAAUGACGCUCAACCACACAUUGCAGGUUGAAAUAUCUACUUUGAUUGGCAAAUGUAGGAUAUGUAUUGGCAUUGCAAGUGGGCUUGCGUUUCUCCACGAGGAAGUACAACCGCAUAUUGUUCACGGGGAACUAACCAGUACCAAUAUUCUCCUUGACAAAGACCUUACACCUAAGAUUUCAGAUGUUGGUCUAUCAAAACUUAUAUCCGUGACUCGUGUUAUCAUCACCGCGUCUGUAUAUGCACCAGAGGUUAUCAUGACACAUGAAUCAGAUGUUUACAGUUAUGGGAUCCUUCUUGUGGAGAUAGUUGGUGGGAGAUAUAUCCAAUCUAUUGUAGAGCAAACAUGGGAGCAUUAUAAGCAAAAGAAAUUGGUGGAGUUGAUAGACAUAUCACUAAACAAGGAGUUGUGUGUGGAGGAGGCUUGUAAAUAUCUGAAGAUUGCCUUGCUUUGCAUUCAGGAUUGAUCCUAAGCUCCGGCCAACCAUGUCUUCUGCGAUCAAGAUGCUCACCGGAGAAAUAGAUAUCGACGAAAGUAAGAUAACAAAACCAGUACGUAUGGGAAGCAAAUAUGCAGCAAUAAUUUUUCUUUGACAAUAAUUACGCAGAAAUUUUUUAUGACUAGAAUCAUGAUAGU